AUGACGAGAGAAGAACGAAAAGCAAAAUUACAAAAAGCCAAGGAAAAACUGGAAAACUGGCAAUCUUCUUUACCAAAAAUGAAGGAAUUUACAGAAACAACUUAUAAAGAACUAAAAGAAUAUUUUGCCAAAACUCAAGAAAAGCCUUCUCCCGAAGAAGAAAAAGAAUUAAAUGAAUUAUUAAAAGAAAUGGAAGGAAUUAAAGAAGCAAAAAUCCUUGACUCUAUUGAUAACGUUGACUUUCUAGAAGAAAUGUUAAUAGGUAAUUGGGGUACUCUUAUCGAAAUAAGAAAAAUAAAAAGAGGUGAGGGAUACGAAAAAGAUGAAGGAACUAAAAAAAAAGUUGAGGCGUGA